UGGAAAACUUUGCAUAUUUUUUCGCACGCCCAUGUCAAUUUAUCCACCCCGAGGUUGCGGUCGACAGGAGAAAUUUAUUAGAAACUGAUAUUGAAGCUUUGCCGCCGAAGUUUGCCGCCAUGUUGCUUACAGUAGACGUUGUUUCCCGGCUUAUCCAGAGUCGUGAAUUCACGCUAAAACUUUGUUUUUACGCCUGACUGCGGUUUGAACGGGUGUUCAGAAAAAUUAUCUGUAAUACAGGAAUUUGUUCUAAGUCAUAUUUUGUCGAGUUACGCCCCGAAUUCUUUGUUUCGGGCUUGUUUGUGUCUUUAUUUACGUUCCUCAACAUGUGCAUCGUUUUCAUUUUAAAAUGGCCUCCGAAGGCCUCCCUGUGCCAGCCAAUGGGAAGGCAGCGCCAAAGCCACAUGAUUCAAACCGACCAAUAGCAGCUCGGCUCUCUCGAAUAUCAGCUCGUCUUUGUUCGAGCAUGAAACCGUCUCGCAGUCCGCUCGGCAAGGAAACAGAGCGAGAUGGUGAUAUGUGAGGGACGAGAAAAUUUAGAUUUGUAGUGAAUUUAUGGUGAGAUUGCUGUCGACAUUGUAUCAACACCACCUUAUUAUUAAUUGCAUCGCCUGAACAUGGAUCUCUACCUGGGCCAGGACUCGCUGUCGCUGUCCCUCCAGGACAUGCUGGACUGCGACAUCAAGACGGAGAUGGACUCGGUGCUGGCGGGCACCGACCUGAGCCACAGCCACGGCCUGGGACUGCCACCACUAGACCUGGACGAUGACUCCCUGGGCAUGAGCCACAUGACGCACAUGUGGUUCAGCGCCAACAGCAACUCGUCCAACUCCAACUUCAACUUGGACUUCGUGGGCGGAGACGGCGCGGCGAUGAUGGUCAACCCCAACAGUGUGAUGCCGCUCACGCUGACGGCCACCGCCGUGUCGUCCACGCCCACGCCGUCGGCGUUCGCGGCCGCGAGCCCCUCCAGCAGCACGCGCAGCUCUCCGGCGCCCUCACCCUCACCGCCACCCCCGCCGUCUCCUCCGGCGCCCAGCUACGUGCGAACCGUGUCCAACUUCGCGACGGCCGCGACGUUGGCGCCGCGCGCACCGGCAGGGGCGGCGGGCAUCGUCGGCAGCCAGGUGCGCGUCGUGCCCAGCGUGCGCAUCGCGCCGGCGUCGUCCACCUCGCAGCACUUGAGCACCGUGGCCAGCAACGGCGGCUCCACCAAGCUGCAGAAGCAGCUGCAGCAGCUCAGCGGCAGUGGCGGCCUCGCGAGCCACAACGGGCGCAUCCACGUCCAGCAGGCGCACCUCCAGGCGGGCGGCCACACCAAGAAGUACGCCCACAACAACAACAAGUACCUGGACGUGGACCUGGACGAGAAGAUUUAUCCUAAGCCGGCCUACUCGUACUCCUGUCUGAUUGCCAUGGCCUUGAAAAACAGUAAGAGCGGGAGUCUGCCUGUAUCGGACAUUUACAGCUUUAUGUGUGAACACUUUCCCUAUUUCAAAACUGCUCCAAAUGGAUGGAAGAAUUCCGUUAGGCAUAAUCUAAGCUUGAACAAAUGUUUUGAAAAGAUUGAAAAACCAGCAGGAAAUGGGAGUCAGCGAAAAGGGUGUCUUUGGGCAAUGAAUCCUGCUAAAAUUGCCAAAAUGGAUGAUGAAGUUCAGAAGUGGUCUCGGAAGGACCCUAUGGCUAUUAAGAAAGCUAUGAUUUUUCCAGAAAACCUCGAAAUGCUUGAACGAGGAGAAAUGAAAAUGACAAGCCGAGCUGAUUAUAUGCAAAGCAAUGGUGAUGACAGUGACAGCUCUGAUGAAGAGGGAGAUGAAGAUGUUGAUGAUAAUGAUGAUACUGGUGCAGCCUCUUCAGAAGAUGAGGUGGAUACUGAGAUGGAACUGGAUUCUCAGAUUUCCUCUACUCACUUUGAGAUGCCUGAUUCAUUUGAGGAAUCUAGUCUCACUGAUUUUGAUAUUGAGGGAACUGAAGGAAUUUAUGAAUUGGAUGGCCAGCAACCAUUAAAAAUAAGACUUACUCAAGCCAAGAAUAUUCAGAAGAAUACAGUCAUAACUAUGGGAAGUGCAACAAUGCGCAGAACACAAUCUGAUCCUGACAGGCAAGAUGGCUAUGAUUUUGAUUUGGAUGAAGAAGAAUUUUCAGGAAGAACCAUUCAGGGUAAUUACAUUUACAAAGUAAAUGGUUCAUUUACUACUACAACAACAAGUGGCUCCAGAAGAAAACAGCCUCUUCUUGUGCGAGCUACUGGCCCCUCAGUCAUCUAAUGUAUCUUCAGCAAGCAUAAGUGUAUGCUUGAGAGAUUUUUUUAGUGGUUUUCACCGAGUGAUAAUGUUUGUCCUUUGUUUUGCAAAGGACAUUGAGGCUUAGGAAAAAUGUGAUUUUGUUUUUAAAAGACAAAUGCUGUUUUCUUUGUGUGUUUUUUAAACUCAGUUCUUAGUUAUGCAGCACUGCUGUUUACCUGUUUGUAUAAUACUGUAAUAUAUACUUGCUUCUGUUACAAUAUCAACUUUAGUAACUUGUAAUUCUGACUUUGGUGUCAUUGCAAGUGUUAGUUGAUUCCAAGUCAGCUAAACAGUCUUAUCUGAUCAGAUGAAAUAUUAUCUGUCGUCUUGUAUUAUGUCUGUAAAUACUCUUAGACAAGUUCGUGUAUUUUAUUUUAAGUGGUUUUAUACUUUUGUAAAAAGAAAACGUUAGUGAAUUUUUACUCUAAUUUGAUUGUUUAAUGUGACCCCUUGGAUAUUGACAGUAGUUCAAAGUGUAAGAAAUAUUAGUGCUCUUGCCGAAUGCUAUACAAUAUUUGUGAUAUUUUUUGUGUUGGUUGCAAAAGGUAUUGUACCUGCUACCUCAUUACUAUUUGACCUUAUGCAACUGGUGGUUAGUUUACUUUAGUUCAGCUUCUCUGUGCUGCUUCCUCUUCUCAUUGCAUUACUGAGUAGAGUUGACAUCUUCAUUAAGAUGUCAAGUCUUUUCAUUUUGGUUGCCUUAUAUCUCACCAAGUCUCUUGCAGUAGUAUUGUAUGUGCAAGCUGCAGCUGCUGCUACUUCUGCAUAUUCCAUAGCUGCUCUGGCAGCAGUUACAGCUUGCACUGGUUUUCCUUACUGAACAGAAAUGUGCCUAGCACACAUUUUUGGUUACACCCAUCAAACCACUACUUGCAUUUGUUCAUUAUGUACUCAUUUGGAUUUCUUUGUAAGAACAAUAAUAUUGUAACUUUAUUUUCUGCAAUCAUGAAGGAAUUCAGAUAGUGUUCCACCAUGGUGCAAUGUGCUUCUGAUUUGAGGAAUGGUAAUACAAAACUGAACUGAUCUUAAGCAGAGGCUUUUUAAUCUUAAUUGUGAGUUUUAAUUAUUUGAAUGGCAUCUGUUUCUUUGCUACCUACCCAUUGCUUAGAACAGAUGGCAUUGUUUAGUCCUUCCUCAGAACAUGGUUCAAUUCAAGUUUUGAAAAGCGUAUUUGUUGCUAUGUCUUUCUUAAUAUUUCUUUUCAUUUUCAUUCUUGGAGGUGUUAAAAUCAUGUCACUGACCUUAGUUUCAAUUUAAAUGCCAUGUCUGAUAGUUUGUACUUAUAAUUACUUUCUUUCUUGUAGUAAAUCCUCAAGCAAAGAAUAGCAACUAUUCUAUGUUGAUUGCUUUAAACCAUUUUAAUGCUGAGUAAUUCCCUGUGUCCAUUGUAAGGAAUUUGAAAGGGGCUGAGUUGAACAUCCAUCAAAGUGAUAUUUGGGUAGAUUGGCAAGUCUGCCAUGUAUUGUUAGGAUUGUCAAUAGUACAAACUUUCACUGUAUGUACAAACUAAACAAGUAAGGUGUAUGAAGUUUAUCCGGUGUGAAUGAAAGGGCAUGUUUUGAUUAAUGAGUCAUUACAUUUUGCUUUCAUCUCUUAUUUAUCUUGGUUGCUGUAACGUACAAGCAGGACUUCUUUAGUAUGAAACCACGUUUUAGAAUUAAAUUUUCUGCUUAUUUGCUGGAUCUCACUAGGUUUCUGCCUGUUAUGUAAAUUAAGGACUCAAAGUAUCUGUGAAAUUGUGUCUACGUUGCAAGUUGCAAUUUGUUGAUUGAUUCGAAAUCAAUGUUGAAUGUGUAAUGAAAUUGCUUGAAUUUGAUAAAUGGUUGUCAAUGACAUGAGUGUCAAACUUAAGUCCUAGUCUUCUGUAAAAAAAUAAAAAUAAAGAAAAAUAAUAAUAAUAUUGAAAGAACUACUAAAAUAAAGGGAAAAUGUGUUAUUUAA